UUACUGGUCUCUCCUAAGCUUACCAACGAUGCUGCCAGCCUUGGUAGACAUCGGCGCCAACCUGACGAACCGGUGCUUCCAGCGGGACCUGCCUGCCGUUCUACAGAGGGCGAGGGACGUGAGCGUUCAGAAGAUAAUGGUCACCGGAACGUCACUGCGGGCCAGCCGUGAUGCACUCAAGCUCGCACGAGCGCACCCUGGCGCUUUGUACAGUACUGCAGGUAUCCACCCCCAUGAUGCUAAGAUGUGGACAGACGACAGCCUACAGGAGUUAGAGAAGCUGGCGGCCAGUCCUGAGUGCGUGGCUGUGGGAGAGUGUGGACUGGACUUUAACAGGAACUUCUCACCUCAGGAACAGCAGAAACUAGUCUUGGAGAGACAGGUGGAACUAGCCUGCAGACUGCAGAAGCCCCUGUUCCUCCAUGAGCGAGAGGCUCACCAGGCGCUGGUGGAGAUCCUGAGGUCCCCCGUCGGGGCCAAACUGGUCACCGUGGUCAUUCACUGCUUUACUGGCACUGCAGAGGAGGCUCGGGUCUACCUGGACAUGGGCUUCUACAUCGGACUCACUGGAUUCCUGUGCAAAGACAAGAGGCCGAACGGCGUCCAGUGGAUGUUAGAGCAGCGGCUCAUCCCUCUGGACAGACUGAUGGUGGAGUCAGAUGCUCCGUACAUGUACCCUAACAUCAAGAAACUACCCAAGGAGACACAGGAAGCCGUCGCGAACUUCUCUCUAAACAUGGAGAACUUCCAGCACUGUGGUUACAAGAGGAACGAGCCGUGCUCCGUGGCAGUGACUGCGGCAGUUAUAGCAGCAUGUAUGGGGGUGGGGCCAGAUGUGGUGGCACAGGCAACUACAGAAAAUGCAACCAAAGUCUUUAAGCUAGGUUAGCUUAAUAUAUACUGUCAAUGCUCUAUGCUGAAUUCAGGCAUGCAGUGGCUAGGAUUAAUUUGUCAGACUGGCUUCACAUUAUGCUGUACAUAAAAUGCAUCUAUCAGAUUUGAGCUAGGCUUAUUGAUGUGGGACCAGAUGUGGUGGCACAAGUAACUACAGAAAAGCAACCAGGGACUUUAAGCUAGGUGUUAUCAUACUGUCGAUGGUCUGUGCUAAAUUCAGAAAGACAGCGGCUACUUUUUGCAUCAAAUUUGAGCAGACUGCCUUUAUGUCGUGCUAAAUUUAGGUGCCGAUUGUGCUGUACAUAGAAUGCAAUGAUUACAAUGUUAUAUACAUUUUGUUAUGUACGGACGAGAGGGUGGAGAAGAAUUGCACACCCCUUCCUUCACCUUAAAAAGUCAUGUGCAGGUCAGGCAAAGCGGUCGCCAAACCCACUUCAAUAAGUGACUAUUUGCCUACUCCAUUGUCUUGCCAGACAGAAGGAUGCCAUAUGUACAUUUUGUACAUCGACCUUAGUGUGAUCUAAGAGUGCUUCAUAAGGCUUUGCAUGCAGUCAAUAUCACAGAAGAUAGUGUAACUGGUCUAUAUGUAUAUCUGCUAACUUAGCGUGUAUGGUAAAAAGCAGAUAACAACUCCGGGUUUAUAUUGUUUAAGUCCGAUUUAUUGACCAGAUAGAGCAACACAUUUAGCAUAAGUACAGCCAACAAAACUGGACAACUAUUCUAUGCAACAGAUUUAGACUCCUGUUACCAGCCACUAUACGCCCACAAAUAAUUACAAUGUUACAAACGAAACAAUGGUCUGUAUAUGUUGAGCAGUAGAGCUUACCUCUGAUUACAUAAUACAGUCAAAACUGCCCCAAAAGACCACUUAGGGGACUCACUUGGGUAGGUUUGACAUUUUAUAAUGUGCAAAAAUAUUACCAAUGUUAUUUCAUUUAACAUUUUUCUCACCUGGCAUUUAGACAUGUACAACUCACAUCUGUUUCCAACUCCUGUACCUUGGUGCGAACAUUUUUCACCCAACAAUAAACUGUUAAUCUAAACCAUACACCAGCGUAGCAUCAUGUUAUAACAUUAUCAUCAUAGAAAUCAUGGUUAUAUAUAUAUUAGCAUCAUGGCUGAAAACAGCCACUUCGUAAUUUCUUUGGGCACUGCAUGGAAAAUUUCCAAGGUUUAGCCAAGGGUGCAUCAAAAUCACACCACCUGAUAAAUAAACAACAAUCACCAUAUUUGCAUUAAACAUUACACAAUCUUACAUUUCUGUACAUUGAAGUAUUAACAAGUUGCAUUUCCAAAAAAAAAAAAAAACUUA